CUGCUCCCGGUGCUGCCACUUGUUGCUGCGCUUUGCGCCCUGAUCCAAUCUUUGUAGACUUUCUUCGUGAUAGCUUGGGACUUUGAAGGACUCCAGUAUCUGCCGUAUUCAGACUCACUAUAUUCAGACUCACUAUUUAAACGUGAUUCAUUGCCAGGAUGAAGAAGUGUUUUCGAUUGCGUGGUUCAUUCAUAUCUGCGUCCCAUGCUGUGCUCACUUUUCCGUUUGGCGUGUGAUGUGUAACAUCUCGAUAUAUAACAGCCUCUGCGCUAUGGGUCGGAAUGAAUUGGAUUUGAUCACUUCGCAGACGCGGAUUGAGACAAGAUCGGUGACUAUUGCUUGACUCUCGGAGGUUGCCGGUGUCCAUGUUUUUUCGAGUAGUUAUUGGUGUUUGCUGGUGUCUUUGCAUGCGCUAGAGGGACUGAGAGCACACACAUCGAUGUGCAGCGCCAGAGCUACACGUUACAAUACUGCUCCUCGGCCUGUUUCGUACAUCUCUCACUUUCAUUACCGACCGACUGCUCAUGCCGCAGUCCAGCCAUCGCAAUUCGUUAACGCCCGUGCGUAUGACGUAGCUAGGAAAAUUUGGCAGCUCGUCGAUCUAGGCACGUCGUUCUCAGUGAAGCUCACUGACUUCAUGGGGAUGUGAAGGAGAUGUCGCGAAGGGAAGCUCCAAUGACUGGUCGCGCAUUCGGAGCCUCAGCAGAGCCUCCACUCCAG